AAAUGAACCUGUCUUUACUCCAAACUGGACUCUGCUGUGUGAGCUCAGUUGCCAUCAAGGUUUUGUUCCUUGUGUAUCGUCGACUUUUGUCUCGAAUAAUUGCAAACGUAAAAUACAAGCUAAAAAUGUGGAAACUUCAGGCGCUACUGGUGCAGAUGCUCCUGCUCGUCUGCUUGCUGCGAUUAUUCUUCCAGCCCGGUGCACUGGAGCACCCGGAGCCACAGAAGACACUGCCGGAGUUGGGCCUUCCGCAGCCCGCUGAGCGUCUAGUCUUGUUCCUCGUCGAGGGGCUACGGGCAGAGACCUUUUUUGGUUCCGACUUCCAGCAUGUGACCCAUCUCCGGGAGCUGCUCAGCAAGCACGGUCUCGUGGGCGUGUCUCGCACCACUGUUCCCACACUCACCCGAUCCGGCGAAGUGGCUCUGCUCGCCGGCUUCUAUGAUGCGCCUUCGUUGUUGGUGGACGAGGGCUUCGAUACCAUCUACAAUCGCACCUCGUCCGGGCCCAAUACGGUGGUUCUCAAGUUUUCGGGUUCCCCUCGGAAGGUGUUUAAGAAAGUCGAAGCAUCCUUGAAGGAUGUCGAUACUUACAACAGAUUGAGGAUAGCCACACGGUCGGUAAUCGGCCUCCAGAUGGAGGGCCUGACCGCGGAGAGCCCGCUGGACGAGAGGUAUCAGGCGAAGUUUAGAAAUGCCCAAUGGACUGUACGGGAGACCUAUCAUAUGUUUGAAAGGGUGUUUGCCGACCAAGCUACAGUUUAUCUAAUGACCUCCGCCCAUGGACUUACUGAUUUGGGGUCGCAUGGUGGAGCGACACUUCGGGAAACAAGAACUCCCUUCUAUCUUUGGGGAGCUGGGGUCAAUCGCUUGGCCAACAACUUUAGCAGCCUGGAGCUCCACAAUGGCACUCAUAUGCCGCUGCACAAUUUGGACCAGAUUCAGUUGGCGCCUUUGGUUUCGGCCCUGAUCGGCUUGCCGCCUCCGAUCAACAAUUUGGGUGUCCUUCCUCAGGGAUACAUGAUGGUGACACCGGAGUACAUGAGGAAAGCCAUGGACCUGAAUGCCCUGCAGCUGCUGGCCCUCGCCAAGGAAAAGAUCCGGAAGCAUGAGCGUGGCAUCUUCAGCAAAUGGCUUCCGAGCUCCAUGGAUUUGGAUUUGUCCCGGAUUGCCUACUACCAGAACCAGAUGGACCGCCUCUUGGAAAUGGGAACGAGCGGCAAGGCCAUGGAGACGAGCCAACUGGCGGCCGAACUGUCUCUUAAGACCUUGAAGUACUACAGUACUUACUUACACAUACCAGUUGAAGUUACUACAGUACUGGCCCUAUUGGGCUGGAUGUACCUUUUAAUGAUCAAGAUAUCGAAGUAUGCAAUGGAGUCCGAUGAGAAAUGCCGCGGAUUUGUUUCAUGCUCCACAGUGACUCUUUUUUCAUUGGGACUCUUAGUCGGAGAACUGGUGUUCCUGCAAUGUUCCUCCUUGAUGACGGUCCUCUGUGUGCUGCUGCCCUUCGGAGGUUGGUGCGUGACUCUGGCGGAGAUGCCGGCUGAAGGGCGGUCAGUGCUUGCUCCGUUCAAACACUUGGUCUGGAUUCUGGCUAUGGGUGGAGGAAUCCUAUACGCGCUCCACUGCCGCCGCUGCUUCUUCAGCAUAAUCUUUGUCUGCUCGGUGCUGAUCUACAACAGACUUGGCUGGAGGUACUUUUCCGCCAAGUUCCUAGCCUGGCUGGCUCUCGUUUUUCUGCUGAGUGGAUUCUUAUGGUCGCAGCCAGCAAUGCAGAUUCUGAUGACCCCCGAAUACCGCAUCUUCCUACAGGCUGCCGGCAUGUUGAUGGCGGUUGUGCGACCCUGGGUCCUCAAGCAUCAGUUCCCGGCACAUGUGUGGCUCUUGAAUGUGUCCGCUUUGGUGUCGGGAGGCGUGGGUCUCUACUUCCAUGAGAUGGGCAAGCCGGUGCCGAUUUAUAUCAUAGCAGGAUCCUGGAUACAUCUCAUCCACGCCACUUUGUCAUUGGCUUUUUGCGCCAAAACCGGGCCACGCAAUCGCUGGGAACUGAUUUGUUUCAAUCUUCUGACCAUUCAUGCCUUACUGAGUGAUUCCUACUCGUCACUCUUUGUCCAGGCAUUGGUCACGGAAUAUCAAAUGGGAUUAGAGGUACACGAGGAGAGUAAGGAGCUGGACGAAGAGGAGCAGGCGGAUGAGGAGAUGCAGAAGGAAGAGCUAAUGACACCAUUACAAUACUUACAUUUGUCCUACCGAUUCGCAGCUUCCAUCCUGCUCUACUUCUUCGCAUCGCUCUUGGGAUCAGGUCACUGGAUUGGCAGCUUCACCUACUUGGGCAACACGGCUCGUCUAUUCCUUCCGGAGCCGUACGCAGUGCCGAUGGCUGUGCUCGUGUUGCUCCAUCUGCUGAUACCAGUCUUCGUGAUCCUCUCCAGCCUUCGGGCAAAGAGCACUUUUGCCCGCUUGGAGGCCAGACCCAUCCUCACCUGUCUAAUGCUCAUCUGCAAUGGUGUUGUUUUGUUUUACGUUGCGUUUGUUGAUCACCGUGCGGACUGGCCCUUGGUUCAUCCUUUGGUGAUCAGUGUGAUCCUUGUCAUUUUGGCCACAAUUCUUAUUUUUUCAUGCGAAAGCCUGGUCGAUGUUUUGUUUCGGGAAUUCAGUCUUAAAGUACCUGGCAUGAAACGAGUGGCCCAUGAGAGCCAACUUCCGAAUCUCUCGCAGUCACAAAACGAGGACUGAUCGACGAAAAAGGUUAUCGAAAAAAAAAUUAACUAAAAUGUAACUAAAUUAUUUGUACUUAAGCAUGUUAUUACCUUUAUAAAGAUUUUCACCGAUUUAUUGCUUUGACAAUGAAA